AUGUCCAACGCGAGUGAGAGCAGCAAAAAUGCUGCAACUUCGUCCCAAAACGGCAGUGUUUUACAACGCCCAGCACAUCCCGGCCCGGCCUCACAAAUGUGGCCUACUCCAUCACCUCCAACAAUCCCGGUAGAGAUGCAGAACCACAGACGAAUGGUUUACCAUCAACUGCAAUCACAGCUCAUUUCCCCUGAAGAUCAAGAAAAACUCCUCUGCGAGUGGUUCGUCAGGGAACCAGAUGCCAAGGAGCAGGCCGCUGUAGAAAGAACUCGCGCUGUCUUCGGCAAAGAUCCUUACUCCGCGCCAUAUCACAGCUACUAUAUCUCUGGUGAAGUAAACGAUGACUACAUCAGGUUCGUGAUCCGCAGCGGCCUUCGACACGGGCACAUUUCACAACAAGAUUUGAGGGAAUUCAUUACCGAACGAAUGGUCCCUUUUGAGGACUCAGGUCUAAGAUUUUCCCAUGUCCUGAUUCGCAUAAAGUCCUACCUCUGUCUCAAACGCAGGAUACCUUUCCUUUUUACUAUCCGUGGUCCGGGCGGUACAGACCCUGGGCCUAGGGGAUCACGCAUCGUGGCACAAGUGACCACUGACGGGUUGGUCGACUUUACAGAGCUCAUAAGUCGUAUAUUUGUUGAGGGGACAGUUGAAGCUGAAGAGGCAGAGCCCCAGAAUACCUCUCUGCAAGAAGUCCUAAAAUCCCACUACACCAGUUACAGCCUACAUCGGAAAGAGGUUGACCAAUCACCUGCGAGCGGCGAGCCUUCUGAGGAGAAUGGUGGUGAGCGUGGUGUCCGUACAUCGCCUAUGGUCGAUUCGUCAUCCGGGGCGGUUGAUGAGGACGAUAGCGAUGGUUCCGACGACUGUGAUGAUCAAACUACAGCGCCUACGUCCUGCGGUAGCGAGACUAGCGAGUCGGAUUAUCAAGAGCGCCGCCGCAUAACCGGAGAAUUGUACAAGGCAGUGGUCGAACAAUCCAAGCGACGUGCUCGAUAG